CCAGUUUAGUUUCGACUUUCGAGUCGAGUCGGCCGCAGACCGCCAUUGAUCAGUAGGAGGAAGGCUACACACACGUAGCCAGCUUGGAAGCAUCGUACUUGUUUCCGAAAAUAUCUGAUUUUUUAAAUUCUGUUGGCAAGUGCAUUGUUUUUGUUGAUAUCCACUGCACUCCCCCGUCCCUACGGGUGGGAUUGCUGCUGACAUGGGUACUUUAGGAUCAGACUCGAAAGCCACCAUCCGGCUGGUGAAACGGGUUCAAUUUGGCAUCUUGAGUCCAGAUGAAAUCCGAAGGAUGUCUGUCACAGAAGGUGGCAUAAAAUAUCCUGAGAUUUAUGAAGGUGGCAAGCCUAAAUUGGGCGGGCUCAUGGAUCCCAGACAGGGAGUCAUUGAUCGGUCAGCAAGGUGCCAGACUUGUGCUGGAAACAUGAAUGAAUGCCCGGGACAUUUUGGUCACAUCGAUCUUGCUAAACCAGUCUAUCACAUUGGGUUUAUUCAGAAGACAAUGAAAAUUCUUCGCUGUGUGUGUUUCUACUGCUCAAAACUUCUGGUGAGCCCUAAUAAUCCAAAAAUCAAGGAGAUUUUGGUAAAAUCUAAAGGACAACCUCGUAAACGUAUGGCCCAUGUGUAUGAUCUCUGCAAAGGCAAAAACAUCUGUGAAGGUGGUGAUGAAAUCGAUAUUGGCAAAGAUGAAGACAUAUCCAAAGAAGGGAAAAAAGGCAUCGGUCAUGGUGGAUGUGGUCGUUAUCAGCCUACAAUUCGUCGUCAAGGCUUGGAGAUGACUGGCGAAUGGAAACAUGUAAAUGAAGACUCGCAAGAAAAGAAGAUAGUUUUGACAGCUGAACGUGUUUGGGAGAUUUUCAAACACAUUUCUGACGAAGAGUGUGCAAUCCUCGGUAUGGAUCCUAAAUAUGCUCGUCCUGAUUGGAUGAUCGUCACUUGCUUGCCUGUACCUCCACUUGCCGUUCGUCCGGCUGUUGUGAUGCAUGGUUCAGCCCGUAACCAAGACGAUCUUACACACAAACUGGCCGAUAUUGUUAAAGCUAACAAUGAGCUGCAACGCAACGAACAAUCUGGCGCUGCGGCUCACAUCAUCGCUGAGAAUAUUAAAAUGCUUCAGUUUCACGUUGCCACAAUGGUAGAUAACGACUCUCCUGGACUUCCUCGUGCUCAGCAGAAAUCGGGUCGUCCAAUCAAAUCCGUCAAAGCUCGUUUGAAGGGAAAGGAAGGGCGUAUUCGAGGUAACUUGAUGGGAAAGCGUGUUGACUUUUCGGCUCGUACUGUAAUUACGCCUGAUCCCAAUCUGCGUAUCGACCAAGUCGGCGUGCCACGAAGUAUCGCACAAAACAUGACCUUCCCUGAAAUCGUGACGCCUUUCAACAUUGAAAAGAUGCAAGAAUUGGUCCAGCGAGGUAAUUCGCAGUAUCCUGGAGCCAAGUACAUCAUUCGUGAAAACGGCGACCGUAUCGAUCUGAGAUUUCAUCCCAAGUCCUCUGAUCUUCAUCUUCAAUGUGGUUACAAAGUAGAACGACACAUUCGCGACGGUGAUCUCGUCGUUUUCAAUCGACAGCCUACUUUGCACAAAAUGUCUAUGAUGGGACAUCGUGUCAAAGUGCUCCCCUGGUCAACGUUUCGCAUGAACCUCAGUUGCACGUCUCCCUACAACGCCGAUUUUGAUGGUGAUGAGAUGAACUUACACGUUCCUCAAAGUAUGGAGACGCGUGCUGAAGUUGAAAACAUUCACGUCACUCCACGCCAGAUCAUCACACCCCAGGCCAAUAAACCUGUCAUGGGUAUUGUGCAAGACACACUGUGCGCUGUUCGCAAAAUGACAAAGCGCGACGUGUUCCUCGAGAAAGAGCAGAUGAUGAAUUUACUUAUGUUUCUCCCCACUUGGGAUGGCAAGAUGCCUCAGCCAGCCAUUCUCAAACCGAGACCUCAGUGGACAGGCAAGCAGCUGUUCACUCUCAUCAUUCCAGGAAACGUCAACAUGAUUCGAACGCAUUCUACCCAUCCUGAUGAUGAAGACGAAGGCCCCUACAAGUGGAUCUCUCCUGGUGACACCAAAGUCAUGGUAGAAAACGGCGAGUUGGUGAUGGGCAUUCUAUGUAAAAAGACGCUCGGUGCCUCUGCCGCCUCUCUGCUGCACAUUAUUUUCAUGGAAUUGGGUCACGAAGUAUGCGGUCGAUUCUACGGCAACAUUCAAACGGUCAUCAACAACUGGUUGUUAUACGAGGGUCACAGCAUCGGUAUUGGAGACACCAUCGCCGAUCCCCAGACGUACUUGGACAUUCAGGCCACCAUCAAAAAGGCCAAAGAAGACGUGAUAGAGGUCAUUCAAAAGUCUCACAAUGAUGAGCUUGAACCCACACCUGGUAACACUCUACGACAGACUUUUGAAAAUCAAGUAAAUCGUAUCCUCAACGACGCCCGAGACAAAACUGGUGGUUCAGCUAAGAAAUCUUUGACGGAGUACAAUAACCUCAAGGCCAUGGUGGUAGCUGGCUCCAAGGGUUCCAAUAUUAACAUCUCUCAGGUCAUUGCCUGCGUCGGUCAGCAGAACGUCGAGGGUAAACGAAUUCCCUUUGGAUUCCGCAAGAGGACUUUGCCCCACUUCAUCAAAGACGAUUACGGUCCCGAAUCUAGAGGUUUCGUCGAAAAUUCAUACCUUGCCGGCUUGACACCGUCCGAGUUUUACUUCCACGCUAUGGGUGGUCGUGAAGGUCUCAUCGACACAGCCGUCAAGACAGCCGAAACUGGUUACAUUCAGCGACGUCUCAUCAAAGCCAUGGAGUCUGUGAUGGUCCACUACGACGGCACAGUCCGUAACUCGGUUGGCCAGUUGAUUCAGCUUCGUUAUGGAGAAGACGGGCUUUCUGCUGAAUCCGUCGAAUUUCAGACGAUGCCAACCGUCAAGCUUUCAAAUAAAGCAUUUGAAAAGAAAUUCAAGUUUGAACCAAGCAACGAGCGCUAUCUUCGACGCAUCUUUAAUGAAGAAAUCACCCGUGAAUUGAUCAGUAGCGCGGAAGUCAUCACCGAAAUCGAACACGAAUGGGAGCAAUUAGACAAAGAUCGCGAGGCUCUACGUCAAAUUUUCCCUACUGGCGAGAACAAAGUGGUGUUGCCUUGUAACUUGCAGCGCAUGAUUUGGAACGUCCAGAAGAUUUUCCAUAUUAACAAACGAGCACCGACAGAUUUGAGUCCACUUCGUGUUAUCCAAGGUGUUCGAGACCUGCUAGCCAAAUGCGUCAUUGUCGUUGGCGAAGACAAAUUGAGCAUCCAAGCCAAUCAGAACGCCACGCUCUUGUUCCAGUGCCUAGUUCGCUCUACAUUGUGUUCCAAGCGACUAGCUGAAGAAUAUCGUCUUUCAUCGGAAGCCUUUGAAUGGCUCAUCGGCGAGAUCGAAACCCGUUUCCAGCAAGCGCAAGCUCAACCUGGUGAAAUGGUGGGAGCACUCGCAGCCCAGUCUCUCGGUGAACCUGCCACUCAAAUGACGCUCAACACUUUCCAUUUUGCUGGUGUGUCAUCCAAGAACGUAACACUCGGUGUACCUCGUCUUAAGGAAAUUAUCAACAUCAGUAAGAAUCCGAAAGCCCCAUCUCUGACGGUCUUCUUGACGGGAGCAGCAGCACGUGAUGCCGAGAAAGCUAAAAACGUUUUGUGUCGGCUUGAGCACACGACGCUGCGAAAAGUCACGGCCAACACAGCCAUCUACUACGAUCCAGAUCCGCAGAACACGGUCAUCUCGGAAGAUCAGGAAUUCGUCAAUGUCUACUACGAGAUGCCCGAUUUCGAUCCUACUCGAAUCUCUCCCUGGUUGUUGCGUAUCGAACUUGAUCGAAAGCGCAUGACGGACAAGCGGUUGACCAUGGAGCAGAUUGCUGAAAAAGUCAAUGCCGGGUUCGGUGACGAUCUUAACUGCAUCUUCAACGACGACAACGCCGAAAAGUUGGUCCUUCGGAUUCGCAUCAUGAAUAGUGACGACAGCAAAUUCAGCGAGGAAGAAGAACAAGUUGACAAGAUGGAAGAUGAUAUGUUCUUGCGCUGUAUCGAAGCCAACAUGCUGUCUGACAUGACAUUGCAGGGCAUUGAAUCCAUCGGGAAAGUGUACAUGCAUUUGCCACAAACCGACCAGAAGAAACGAAUUGUCGUCACAGAGGCCGGUGAGUUUAAGGCCAUCGCCGAAUGGCUCCUCGAAACGGACGGUACGCAGUUGAUGAGAGUGUUGAGCGAACGUGAUGUCGACCCUGUUCGUACCUAUUCAAACGACAUUUGUGAAAUUUUUGCGGUACUUGGUAUCGAGGCUGUUCGUAAAUCAGUCGAGAAAGAAAUGAACACUGUUCUUCAAUUCUACGGCCUUUACGUCAACUAUCGUCAUCUGGCUCUUCUUUGCGACGUCAUGACUGCCAAGGGUCACUUGAUGGCCAUCACCCGUCACGGCAUCAACAGACAGGAUACUGGUGCGUUGAUGAGAUGUUCCUUCGAAGAAACUGUGGACGUGCUACUGGAAGCCGCUGGUCAUGCCGAAGUCGACCCCCUACGUGGUGUGUCCGAAAAUAUCAUUUUAGGACAGCUACCACGUAUGGGUACAGGGUGCUUCGACCUACUACUCGAUGCUGAAAAGUGCAAACAGGGAAUUGAAAUUCCGCUUAGUAUCGGUGCUGGAAUGGGCACGGGCAUGUUCUUCGGCAGCGCCGCUACUCCUAUGGCAGGCAUGAGCCCUCAGAUGACGCCAUGGAAUCAAGUGGCCACACCGGCCUAUGGAUCCGUCUGGUCGCCUGGUCUUGGCAGUGGCAUGACUCCAGGAGGUCCAGCAUUCUCUCCGUCGGUGGCAAGUGAUGCUAGCGGUCUUUCACCUGGCUAUUCUCCAGCUUGGUCUCCACAACCAGGAAGUCCAGGCUCACCUGGUCCGGGCAUGAGUCCUUACAUCCCUAGUCCGGGAAUGUCUCCUUCUUACUCGCCUUCGUCGCCUGCUUAUGCACCCACGAGCCCAUCCAUGACGCCAUCGAGCCCGUCUUAUUCUCCAACGAGUCCGUCGUACAGUCCAACUAGCCCGAAUUACAGUCCGACCAGUCCUGGCUAUUCACCAACAUCACCGAGCUAUUCGCCGACCAGUCCGAGUUACUCACCGACGUCGCCGAGCUACAGUCCUACGUCUCCGACUUAUUCGCCGACUAGUCCCAGUUACUCUCCGACCAGUCCUAGUUACUCUCCUACCUCGCCGAGUUACAGUCCGACAUCUCCGACUUAUUCACCAUCGAGUCCGUCUUACAGUCCUAGCUCGCCUAGCUAUUCACCAACCAGCCCGAGCUACUCUCCAACAAGUCCGAGCUACUCGCCGACGAGUCCCAGUUACUCGCCGAGUUCCCCCAGCUACACGCCAGCGUCUCCAAGCUACAGCCCGACGAGUCCCAGUUACUCGCCUAGCUCUCCACAGUACUCGCCACGCAGUCCGGCGUAUUCACCAAGCAGCCCGAAAUAUUCGCCGACAUCGCCCUCUUAUUCCCCGGGUUCUCCACAAUAUACCCCAGCGUCGCCCAAGUAUUCGCCGACGUCACCAACUUAUUCUCCAACUUCUCCGGCGUACUCUCCAAGCAGUCCAAAGUACUCGCCCACGUCUCCACGUUAUUCGCCGGCCUCGCCCAAGUACUCGCCAACUUCACCGAGUUACAGUCCGGCCAGCCCAGCAUACUCGCCGAGCAGUCCCAACUACUCUCCAACUUCACCGUCAUAUUCACCCGCCUCCCCUAAAUAUUCUCCAACGUCCCCUACCUAUUCUCCCGCACCCACGGGCUAUUCGCCAACUUCGCCUUCUUAUUCGCCCACAAGUCCCACAUAUGAAUCCGACUCUGAAAGAGAGAAGGAAGAUCGUCGUAAACGUUCGAGGCGCUAGAGCGCUGACGACGACUCGAGGCUGACAAGAUAAAACUAAAUUCAUUCAGGUUUUGGUGAAGAAUCUUCUUUUUUUUUUCCUUUCUUUUCGAUUCCCCAAUUAGAAAUUGGUUCAGUCGUUGAGCUUCAUUGUUUACAUUCAACCAGGAUUCUUGUUUCCAUUGUAACUGGACAUGAGGUAUAAUACACAAAUUGUGAAAAAUCA